AUGUCAUAUGCUUUGAGUGAUCCGAGUGGCAGCUGUUUUCAGCAGAAAUGCCAACACACCCAUGGGGACCAUUGUUUUCAAUGUGAAGAGCUUGGUACUGUUCUGGAUGAGAUUCAAGUGGCUGUUGAAGAAGCUUUUUUUCACACGAAAGAUGAUCAUGACGAAGCCACAUACUUGGUAAAGCACAGCAGGGACCUAAUUCAUGCCUGGAAGGCUCACCAGCUCCGUACAGUGAGGCAAGACCAGUCUAGAUUGAAGAUUCUCAGAGAGCUAGAUAGUGGUUCAGUCUUUAUUACCCAGGACUGGGCCAUGAAAUUUCUACCGCGCAAGUACCGUGAAUCUCAAUCUGACUGGUUUGGUAAGCGCGGUAUCUCUUGGCAUAUAUCCGUUGUCGUGCGCCGCCGAGCUGACCAGUUUGAGUCACAAGGAUUUGUACAUAUUAUCCAGAACUGCACCCAAGGAAGUUCCGCUGUGGUCUUCAUUAUGGCACAUAUCCUUAGAACUUUGAAAUCAGAGCAUCCAGAAAUCAAUCAAGCAUUUUUUCUUCAAGACAACGCAGGGUGCUACCAUAGCACUUAUACUAUAUUGUCAGUGCCCACAAUAGAAAAAGAAGCAGGAAUUCGCGUUGCUGAGAUAGGCUUCUCAGAUCCCCAGGGCGGAAAAGGGCCUGCUGAUCGCAUGGUAGCAACAAUUAAAGGACACAUAACACGAUUCAUAAACGAGGGGAACAAUGUUACCAAUGUGAAGGAAAUAGAAAACGCGAUUCUAUCCCAUGGGGGUCUACCUGGGAUUCGUGUAGUGAUGUUAGACAGUCUCGGGGAACCCGAAACUGUUCCCGCAACGCAACAGACGAUUACUGGCAUAAGUAAACUGAACAACUUCAGAUUUUAUCCCGGUGGAAUGAGGGUGUGGCAGGCAUUUGAUAUAGGCCCCGGCAAAUGCAUUUCUUUGGAAGGAACAAAUGGUAAACCUUGCGCUAUAUUCUCUAUGCAGUUUCUAGUUAUAAUGUAGCAUGAUCUCUCUUUAGUUUUGAGACUGAAAAAUUCAGCGAGGGAAAGCUUGAAAUCAAGAUCACUUGAAAAUAUCAUGCUUGGCGCCAGUUUUUGUUGUAAAAUUUAUUUCAAGAUUUGUUUUAGUUAGAACACUAUACUGGAAAAAAAACUUUUACUUGAUUUAGGUAGCAGCUCACAUGCUGCACCUAACGCAGGGGCGGAUCUAGGGGGAGGGUUCAGGGGGUGCGCACCCCCUCCCCCCCGAGAUGACCUGCGGUUUUCUAAUACAACUGGUAUUCUGCAAAAAAAAACUAUGUGGUUUAUUGGUGUUGAAGAAGAGCAAGAGACGAGUGCACCCCCUCCUAAAAAAAUCCUGGAUCUGCCCGUGUAACGCUAUUUUCGCAAUGUGAGACGCACGAAAUGUCGUUCUGGAUAAUGUUUAGGUAUGUUUGGUUUUGUCGUUAAUCUUUUCAGUCAUGUUAUUAUUUUCCACAAAACGCCAUUACCAGAAUAUUUCGGUUACUUUUUCCCUCGGAGAAUUUAAGGAGAUCGCCCCAAGGAGAAAACUUAAAGAACCUACUAAAACUUCCACAGCGGAUCCCGCAGAAGAAGAGGACCAUGGCCGUUAA